UGGUUGAUAAUGUUACUCCAAAAAAGAGAAUUAAAACCAACGAAUCUCCAAUUGAAGAUGAACAACCAAACAAAAAACCGAAACUUGAACCUACAAAUAGUGUAGAGAAUGGAGAAGUUGAUGCUCCUGUAUGGUGUUUAAAGAAGGCACAAGAAGAGCAACCAAGUAGACAUUGCCCUUAUCUUGAUACAAUUGAUAGGUGUACUUGAUUUUGACUUUGAAAAACUUUGUUCAAUUUCUCUUUCACAUAUUAAUGUUUAUGCUUGUAUGGUUUGUGGGAAAUAUUUUCAGGGCAGAGGAACAAAUACUCACGCAUAUACACAUUCACUCGACACAGAUCAUCGUAUUUUUCUAAACUUGGCUACUUUAAAGUUUUAUUGUCUUCCUGACAAUUAUGAAGUUAUUGAUCCAUCUCUAGAUGAUAUUAAAUAUGUUUUGAAGCCAACCUACACUCCCAAACAUAUUAAAUAUAUAGGGCAAAAUACAAAAAUGUCUCGUUGUUGGGACGGCACUCUCUACUAUCCAGGCAUUAUUGGUCUAAACAACAUCAAAGCUAAUGACUACACAAAUGUUAUAUUUCAUGCAUUUUCUCACGUUCCUCCUUUACGAGAUUAUUUUUUACGUGAAAGCAAUUAUUCUCAUAUAAAAAGACCUCCUGGCGAUAAAUUGGCGCUUUUGCCCCAACGUUUUGGUGAAUUAAUUAGAAAGUUAUGGGAUCCUAAAGCAUUUAAGGCUCAUGUUUCUCCUCAUGAAAUGUUACAAGCUGUUGUUUUAUGCAGUGACAAAAAGUUUCAAAUUAUUAGACAAGGUGAUGCAAAUGAAUUUUUGAUGUGGUUUUUAAACACUUUACAUAUGGCAUUGAACGGAACUGGCAAAACUUCCUCUUCAAUUGUUUACCAAAUUUUUCGAGGUCGAAUGAGACAAUACAUGCGUAAAGUACUCCCUGUAGAUGCUAGUGAUGAAUCAAGAAGAACACUUUCUGAGACAGAAGAAUAUAGAGAACAAGUUAAAGAACUUCCAUUUUUAUCUUUGGCGCUUGAUUUACCUCCAGCUCCAUUAUAUUUGGAUGAAAGAAUGCAAAAUAUAAUUCCUCAAGUUCCUUUGGCACAAUUAUUGACUAAAUUUAAUGGAGUUACCGAAAAGGAAUAUAAAACUUAUAAAGACAAUUUUAUUAAACGUUUUGAACUUUUACAUCUUCCUGAAUAUUUAAUUAUUACAUAUGAUCGUUUUCACAAAAAUCAAUGUAAUGUUGAUUUUUAUGAUUCUUUGGCUGAAGAUGUUCGUGAUAAACAUAAAUAUACGACUUAUGAUUUAAUUUCUAAUGUUGUUCAUGACGGAAAGCCUCAAACACAGGCAAAUAAAGGCGAUAUUGCUGUUGAUAUUGGUCGAUAUAGAGUACAGUUAGUACACGAGGGAACAUCAAAAUGGUUCGAAUUGGAAGAUUUACAUGUUAAAGAAAUUCUUCCUCAAACAAUUACCUUGGCUGAAUCUUAUAUUCAAAUUUGGCGUUUAAAUAGAAAAAAGACUAGAACAGAAAGAAUGGGAGAAACAGAAGAAGAAAUAAAAGCAGAUACUUUAUGGAAACAACAAUCAACAAAAAAUGAGAAAGGAGAAAAUUUAGUUAAAACAGAAAAAAAUGGAAUGGAGAUUUGAUACUUUUUUUUGUUGUAUAAAAUUAUUUUUUGAUAAUAAUUUUUGAUUGCAAAGUUUUUG